AUGGAGCUCGUGGCGGGGGCCAUGGGAGCCCUCGUCCCCAAGCUGGGCCAGCUGCUCAAGGACGAGCACGACCUGCAGCUGCACGCCGGCGUGAGGAAGAAGAUCGAGUCCCUCUCGCGGGAGCUCGAGAGCGUCCACGCCGUCCUCGCCAAGAUCGGCGAGGUGCCGCGGGAGCAGCUCGACGAGCCCCUCAGGCUCUGGGCGCGCGACCUCCGGGAGGCCUCCUACGACAUGGAGGACGUCGCCGACGCCUUCCUCGUGCGCCUCGACGGCGGCGGCGGCGCCGCCGACCCGCGCACGCUCCGGCGCCUCCGGAGGAAGGUCGGCAGGCUGUUCAAGCAGGCCAAGGCUCGCCGCAGGAUCGGCAAGGCCGUCGAGGACAUCGACGAGAGGCUCCGGGAGGUGGCCGCGAGGCGCGGCAGGUACACGGCCGACGACAUCGCCGUGAAGCCCCCAGCUCCGGCGGCCACCGUCGAUCCCCGGCUCCUGAACAUGUACAAGACGUCGUCGGAGCUCGUCGGGAUCGGGAGGCCGACGGAGGAGCUGAUCAAGCUGCUCGCCAUCGGUGAUGAUGAUGAUGAUGAUGAUGAUCUUGAUGUGUCCAUGAACAAGAAGAAGACGAUGAGCAUCUCCGUGUUUGGAUUUGGAGGGCUCGGCAAAACCACUCUUGCGAAAGCCAUCCAUGACAAGAUUUUGCCGAGUUUUGGUUGCGGCGCAUUUGUUCCGGUCGGUCAGAAUCCUGACGUGAAGAAAAUCUUCAGGGAUGUUCUUAUUGAUCUUUACAGCCAGCAAUAUUCACAUAUGAGCUUGAUGAUGUAUGAUGAAAGGCAGCUCAUCAACAAACUCCAGGAAUUCCUGCAGAAAAAGAGGUACCAAUUUAAUCGCCCGACCACUGCUGCCACCGGCGUCGAGCAUGAUGAGGUCGUCGACGGCGAUCUGGUGGCGUCGCUGCGCGGCCUGCGCAAGAUUCAGAGCGUGGACGUCCGUGGUGAAUGGACGGUAGCCAAGGGCAGCGUCGUGUGGGACGACGACGAACUACCGGGAGGCUUUGCUCCUCCUCGGCGCCUCCGGCACCUGCGUCUAAGAACGCUGCUGCUGCGCCGGACGCCGGCAUGGAUGAACUCGUCGCUCGUCCCCAACCUCUCUCACCUGUACCUGAGAGUGGAGGCUCUGGGGGAGCAGGGCGUCAGGGCCAUGGGGAGGCUACCGGAGCUCGUCUACCUCAGGCUGGACCUGCCCUGCACCGUGGUUCUCAGUGUUCCGAACGCCGACGACAGCGGCUGCCUCCUGUUCCAGAAGCUGAGGUUUCUUCACACGCCUGAUUCGUUCGUCCGGUUCGAGCUAGAUCACGAGGGCAUCAUGCCCAGCGAAGAUGCCAUGGCGCCAUGCCUUGAAUCGCUCGAGGUCGCUGUCUACGUGCAGCUCCUGAGAGAUGCCGACCUGGAGCUUGGCUUCCAUGAACUGCUCAGCUUCGAGCACCUGGGAAGAUCGUCUCUGCGAAGAGUCAAGGCCAGCAUCGUCUGCGCAGGGGCUCGUGCUGCGGAGGUGGAGGAGGCAGAGGCGGCAUUGGCGCAUGCUGCUGCAGUUCAUCCAAACUGUCCUGUCCUUGAAACCACAAGGGAGUCUGAUUACCAAGAGCCAGCUUCAAAGUGGCUGUGUCGUCAUCUCCGGCGAUCGAGCGUGGUGCGCGGCGGCAUGGCGGGGCAGGGGCAGCGGCUGAGCGUGGUGCCGACGGUGACGACGCUGGGGAUGGUGAAGGCGAGGCUCGCCGGCGCCACCCGCGGCCACGCGCUGCUCAAGAAGAAGUCGGACGCGCUCACCGUCAAGUUCCGCGCCAUCCUCAAGCGCAUCGUCGCCGCCAAGGAGGCCAUGGGCGACGCCAUGCGCGCCGCCUCGCUCUCCCUCGCCGAGACGCUCUACGUCGCCGGGGCCCCGCUCCGCCACGUCGUCCAGCAGUCCGUCGGCCCCGCCCGCCUCCGCCUCCGCGCCCACCAGGACAACAUCGCCGGCGUCCGCCUCCCCUGCUUCGAGCUCUACCUCGCCACCUCCGCCUCCGGCGCGUCCUCGUCCGCGGCGACGUCGCUCUCGCUCGCCGGGCUGGCCGGCGGCGGGCAGCAGGUGGCGGCGUGCCGGGCGGCGCACGGGCGCGCCGUGGAGGUGCUGGUGGAGUUGGCGUCGCUGCAGACGUCGUUCCUGACGCUGGACGCGGCGAUCAAGGCGACGAACCGGCGGGUGAACGCGCUGGAGAACGUGGUGAAGCCGCGGCUGGAGAACACCAUCGCGUACAUCCGCGGCGAGCUCGACGAGCAGGAGAGGGAGGAGUUCUUCCGCCUCAAGAAGAUCCAGGGAUACAAGCAGCGCGAGCUGGAGCGCCAGAUGGAGUCGGCCAAGCGCUACGCCGAGGAGAAGGUCGCCGGCGAGGUCGCGCUCAAGCGCGGCGUCUCCGUCGCCACCGCCGAGAGCAUGCUGGAGAACGGCGAGAGGGACGAUGACUCCGGAUUCCGUAUUACCAAAGGCAUACGAAUCGAGAGGGUCUCCAUCAACUGUGAUAAUGCUGGUAUCAGCGAGGUCAAGGAAGCAGAAGAGGCUGCAAGGGAGGUGACAUGGAUCCAUCCAAACAUCCGUGAUCCGUCAGGGGUGAGCUGGGCGACAAGGAGAGGAUCACUGGAGAGCAUCUCCGACGCCGAGACCAUGAUGGAAAAUGGCGAUAGGGACGAUGGCAUCAUCUUAGAUCAUGUCAGCAUCACACAAUAA